AUGGCCUUCUCCGUUAUUGACCAGCAGCGGGAUGCUAUCCUGCAAGGCAUCCAGUCCAUCACUCGAGGCGACUGGAAAUGCCUGGUUGUCGACACGGAGUCCAAGAAGAUUAUCGAUAAUGCCGUCAAGGAAGAUGACAUUCUUAACAACAACAUUGCUACUAUCGAGAAAAUCGAGGAUCGCCGCGAACCGAACCCUGAGAUGGAGGCCAUAUAUAUCCUCUCACCGGAACCUCAUAUUGUCGACUGCCUCCUCGCCGAUUUCGACCGUCGACGGUAUAAGUGCGCGCAUCUUCUCUGGACGAGCUUGAUAGAUCCUAGCUUGCGGCGCAAAAUUGACGACUUUCCUGGAGUCCGGCAACUUCGAGCCAGCUCAAACACACUCUUCAUUGACUUUUACCCUCGUGAAGCCAGCCUUUUGACUUUCCGAGACCCCUGGAGUUUCCCGAUCCUGUACCACAAAGAUUGCGACUCCCUAGUUGCUACCCACUUGAAAACCCUUGCCCAGAAAAUUGCUGGUGUCUGUAUCACUCUUGGAGAGUAUCCGAAAGUCCGUUAUUGGCGCCCUAGAGAGCAGCAUUGGGAUGCUGCUGUGCUAUGUACGCAUCUGGCCUCCUUUGUCCAGCAGGAGCUUGACACUUACGCCCAUUGGAAUAACAACUUCCCACCCCAGACCGGACGACCGCAGGCGUCUUUGAUUAUCACAGAUCGUGCAAUGGAUGUCGUAGCACCUCUCGUGCACGAAUUCACGUACCAAGCGAUGGCACACGACUUACUUCCCGUUAAGGAGGGGGAUAAGAUUACGUAUCGAACCACCAUCAACAAGGGUAUGCCAGAUGCCGAGGAAAAGGACCUGGAACUCAGCGAGAAGGACAAGCUGUGGGUGGAAAACCGUCACCGACAUAUGAAGGAUACGAUUGAUAAGCUUAUGGGGGAUUUCCGAAAGUUCAUCGAAGAGAACCCUCACUUCACAAACGAGAAUGCCGAUACAACCAGUCUUAGCGCCAUUCGCGAUAUGUUGGCGGGCCUACCGCAGUUCCAAGAGCUCAAGGAAGCGUACUCGCUUCAUCUCACCAUGGCGCAGGAGUGCAUGAACAUCUUCCAGAACAACAAACUACCUGAUAUUGCCGCUGCUGAACAGACGAUGGCCACUGGUUUGGACGAGGAUUACAAAAAGCCAAAGAACGUUUUAGACUCUGUUGUGCGACUCCUGGACGAAGAAUCGAUUGGCUAUCCGGACAGGCUGAGACUCAUUGUUUUGUUCGUGAUUUAUCGCAACGGUGUCAUUUUGGAAGACAUCAAACGAUUGCUGGCUCAUGCAUCUCUUCCACAGGCGGACUCAGCUGUUUUGGAAAACUUGCGAGCUCUGGGCUGCCAGUCUCUUCGUAGGGACGUGAAAGAGCCUGUUUCUGAGCCCACAGUCUUGUUCCCCAAGGAUACAAAGAAUGCUCAAUUCAGUGAGGAAUACAGCCUGUCGCGCUUUGACCCAGUACUGAAAGAUGUGAUUGAUGCUACGGCAAGAGGUGUUCUCGACCAGAUAGACUUCCCCUUCGUUAAGCCGCCCUCGGAUCCAAAUGAGGACAUGCUCCUCGCUCAGGGCGGCUCUCUCCGAGCUGGCCGCCCAAACUGGGCUUCAGGCGGUCGACGUCCACCAGAGAAGCGACAGCGCAUCCUCGUCUUCAUGGCUGGCGGUGCCACCUACAGUGAAAGCCGUGCUUGUUACCAGGUUGGCAACGAGCGAGCCCGUGAAGUCAUCCUUGCGACUUCCCACAUGAUCACGCCCCAACUUUAUAUAAGGCAGCUUCGAGAUCUCAGCCGUGGUCGCCGUCAGCUUGACCUACCGGCGGACCGGCCCAAGCCACAGGCCCCCGCACACCUCUUCGAGCGCCCCAAGGUUGUCCCGAAGCCUGCUGGUCCAGGCCCGACAAACCCUUCGCCCCAUGGCGGCCCGGCCCGCAGACCAGUCCCCCUCGCUCAGGACAUGUCGAAGAUGACCCUUGGCUCUGGCGGGAACCCGUCUCCUCGACCCAUCCAAAGCCCAUCCCAGAGCUCUGUUAAGAGCCCGGGCACACCGACAUCACAGCACCAGCAAUACCCCCCAAGUGACGGGAAACACCACAAGGAGAAGAAGCUGAGGAACUUCCUGGGCAUGAAGAAAUCAUAG